CUCUAUCCAGUCUCCAGAGGGUUAUAUAAAAAGGUAGCAGGCAGAGGACCAGAUCAGAUUGAGGAAGUCCAACUGGCAAUCAGGAUAACACAGAGAGUUUGACUGCAUUGAAGCUGCAACAAGAGCAAAGAAAGGAACAGCAAAGGAGGAGAGUGAGCAUUUCAAGAACCGAGACUCCCCCUGCAGAGCUGAGAAGGAGACCUUUUCACUAUGGACAACCAGAAAUACCACGGAGGUCCACCUUCUGUCCCAAACCCACCACCCUACUCUGAAAAACAGCCCUAUGAUCAACAAGCAUAUCCUGCUGCUGUAAACCCCAUGCAACCGCCGUAUCACCCUUAUAUUCCUCCAUAUGGAACAGGGCCCAGCCAGGGGGCUAUCAUCCAAUCACCGCAGCACACCAUCUUUGUCAGCUCUGUACAACCCUGCAAUGAACCGGAUCACCUGGUGUUUUCCAUCCUCACCAUGAUCUUCUGUUGCCUGCCUCUGGGAAUUGCAGCCUUGUUUUUCUCAAUAAAGACACGAGAUGCUAAUCAUGCUAGGAAUGUCACAGAGGCUCAACGGAACUCCAGGAUGGCGCGGAAUUUAGCAAUCUCUGCCUUUGGAGUGGGGCUUGCUUUCCUUGUUGCAUACAUUGUCUUCUUCGUGGUAUUAUUCAGUAGUUACAACAAUUAAAUAUUUUUGAGGGCACACACAAAGUGUUUGUCUGCUAAAUUACCACAUUCUUUGUUCUAUUUAAUAAACUCUUGUUUUUUUAAUUGUGGCUUUUUAAAAAGAAAUGUUGCUCCAAACCUACCUUAAUGUUAAAUGAAGAGACCACGCAGUUGAAGAGAUAUUUAGUCUUACUGUACAUCAGUGUGCAAUGAAUUAGCAAUAUAAAAUAUAAAUGUGUCUUGGAUUUUCACUGGAACUUUUUCCUCUCUUGUGACCACUGGUUGUUGCAAAACAAGGAAAUCGUUUUUUUUAAAGGGCCUGUAAUGAAAACCCUAGAACAUUUCAAAAAAGAGAAAGAAACAAAACAUAAUGAUAUCAUCAUGGAUAGAUAGGCUGACCAAUCCUUCGAAAAAAUGGCCCCCUUUACACCUUUUCAUAUUUUGUUCUUUGAAUUAAUAGUGUAAAAACUGGCCUCUGAUGACAGUGGAGAACUUGAAAUAUUGUAAUGCAAAAGGGCAGGGGAAAAAAUCUAUAUAACUUGGACUUUAUUGGUACAACAAAGAGAGCACGAGUUUAUUGGCAAAACAAGGAUAUGUUCCUUGUUAUACUUAGGAUAGUUCCUCUAUAGAGGAGAGCAUUUAUGCAUGCAAGAGUGAACUCUUCCCCUCUCAAGUAAUGCCAGGCGGAAUGCAAAAGAUGGCAUAUUCAGAUAGACUUCAUGACUAUGUUUCUGGACAAAUUGAGUUGUUGCUUACUGGAAUGCAGAACCUUUUUGCAGUAUAGGGGAUAUAUGGUUUACUUCUGUUUUGUGUGACAGUAAAGAGCUGUCAACACCAGAUAAGGUUCAAAAACUCUCAGCAAGCAGGGAUUUAAGAGUUUCAUUGGGAGAAGCCGAUUUUUUGCUCACAUAAUCUAAUUCAAAGAACCCAAAGUGUGGUAAACUGAUUGGCUAUUAUAAUUAUCUGUUAUACUUUAAGUAACCUCAUACAGAUGCAAAAGGUCAUUGUACAUUUCAACUGAGAAGUGUCCCCAGAAGCUAUUAUCAUUAAAUGCCUAUGAAAUAUCAUCUGCUAUGAAAUGUUGUCCUAUUUAUUUUAAUAAACAAAAAGGUUAUCAUUGGGAUAUGUUGGCUGCAAAAAGUCUAGGAUCUGCAAAGCUGAAGAAAUACAGUCUCCUGUAGAAAUAUGCCUGCCAAUUCUGACUACCUAAGAUUGUCAGGAUUAUACUGAACAGAAGAAUUUGUUAUUAAUAGACCAAUAUUGCAGUUUACUUGGUUAUUUAUUUUUCUUUUUUGAUGCAGGAAAGGAGGUGAUUUCUUUGUCUCCCUAAUACAUGCUGAUAAAUAAGAAGCAUUUCUUGCUGGAAGUCAAUUAACUUUGUGUUAAAUUUUAUAUACAGGGUAUAUUCUGAAUUGUACACUGUGAAUAAGCAUUAUAUGACAAAUUGUAUGAGUUGUUGAAUAAAAUUUAAUAAUAA